AACUUCCAUUUCUACUCUUAAAUUUUCUUAAUGCAACAAAAUCUUCCAAUCAACCAGUAUUUCAACUUCUUAGAGCUCAAAAACAUGCUAAAAAUUUGAUCUUUAAGAAGUUAACUUACUUCUACAAUGGCUAACAUUAUUAACAAACACCCAGAAGAAGUUGCAAUUCCUAUCUCAGGAACAACAACUGAGCAAUCUUCUAGAAUGAAUUUGCCAAAAACACCCAAGAAUAAUUUCCUUCAAUCUCCUGAAAUUUCCUCAUUUAGAUCAAGUCCUAGAAAACCCACAAUUUCAGGAUCACCCUUAAGAAGAAGAACAUCUCAAAUGAGCAGAUUUGGUGAACCUUCAAUACCUAUUGAUUUACAAACUUUGGAAAAUUUGGGGAAUAAUUCUUCAAGAUUUUUCAAUCAAAUUUCCUUCAAUGAAAGAACUCCGAAAACGGCUUCAGGAAGGUCCAAAGGAGGAGUAGCAAAAGAGGAGAAGCAAAAAAAAGGUCCAGAUGAGGAGGAGAUAUAUAGGAGAGUAACUUCUCAACUAACUGGUAAAAAAAGAGAUUGGAAAAUGACCUUGAAAUUAGUACUUGAGUUGCUUGUUUUCUUGUCAAUUUUGAGUUGUUUGGUUUGUAGUUUAUAUGUUAAGGAUUUUAAGGUUAAAUUGUUCUAUGGGAUUGUGUUGUGGAAAUGGUUUGCACUGUUAAUGGUUAUAUUUUCUGGGAUGUUGGUAUCUAGUUGGUUUGUGCAUAUCAUUGUGUUCUUUAUUGAAUGGAAGUUCUUGUUGAAGAAGAAUGUGGUAUAUUUUACUCAUGGAUUGCAGACUAAUGUUGUGGUGUUUUUGUGGAUUGUUGUGGUUCUUGUCACUUGGGUUGUGUUGUUUAGACAUGAUAUUGAAAAUGCGCCUGGAGUAACGUCGAAAAUGAAGAAAAGGCUUGAUUACAUUACUUGGAGUAUAGCUACCUUACUCAUAGGUUCAUUCUUGUGGUUGGUUAAGACUACCUUGAUCAAGAUAUUGGCAUCCUCAUUUCAUUUGAAUAGGUUUUUUGAGAGGAUUCAGAUGGCAGUGUUUCAUCACUAUGUGCUCCAAACACUCUCAGGGAGACCUGUGGUUGAAUUAGCCCGUCGAAUUAGUAGGAAGGAGAGUCACGGUACUCAGGUGAGCUUUAAGGACAAUACCGGAGGCCAUAUGGAAGAAAAGGUGGUUGAUUGGGAGAAGCUUCACCAAAUGAAGAAGGAGAAAGUGCCUUCUUGGACUAUGAAUCUGUUGGUAGAAGUGAUAUCCAAUUCAGGUUUAUCAACAAUGUCUAGUAUUCUCAACAAAGAUGUAGUUGAAGGGCAGGUUGCAUUGGAUGAUGAUGAGAUUACAUGUGAGGAGGCUGCUAUCGCGGCUGCUGUUGAAAUAUUCUACAACGUGGUCGGUGAUAAGAUUGAGCAAUACAUUGAUAAAGGUGACCUUCUCAGGUUCAUGAUUUGGGAAGAGGUGAAACAUGUUUAUCCACUAUUUGAAGUCGAUGAAAAUGGACAUAUUGAUGUGAAAAACUUCUCAAAGUGGGUGGUUAGAGUUUACCAAGAUCGGCAGGCACUCAAACAUGCCUUGAAUGACAACAAGACUGCUGUCGAUGAUUUAAACAAGCUAUUGAGUGGAAUCCUGACUUUUAUCAUCAUAAUACUUUGGCUUGUUCUGACAGAGAUUGUUACAACAAAAUUACUUCUCUUCUUCUCCUCUCAGCUUCUUGUGGCAGUUUUUGUCUUCGGGAACACUUGCAAGACCAUUUUUGAAGCAAUUAUAUUUGUUUUUGUUAUGCAUCCAUUUGAUGUUGGUGAUCGCUGCAUGAUAGAUGAAACAAUGAUGGUAGUUGAAGAGAUGAAUAUCUUAACAACAGUAUUCUUAAAAUACAGCAAGGAAAAGGUAUAUUAUCCAAAUGCAGUUUUAGCCACCAAAUCCAUUGGCAACUUCUACAGGAGUCCAGAUCAGCAAGAUUGGUUGGAGUUUGCAAUAGCUUAUGGAACAUCAAUGCCAAAGAUUACAAAGCUAAAAGAACGCAUCAAGCGGUAUAUGGAUGAAAAUCCUCACUAUUGGCACCCAGAACACAUUCUGGUGGUCAAAGACAUCGAGAAUAUGAAUUCGAUAAAUAUGAAACUCGUAUUCAUUCAUACAAUGAACUUCCAAGACUUUGUUGAGAAGAGCAGGCGAAGAUCUGAACUUGUCCUAGCAAUGAAGAUCAUAUUUGAUGAACUAGAGAUUUCAUACAACCUCCUGCCUCAGGAGAUUCAUCUUACUAAAAUGGCAACACAUAUUUAAUUUAACAGUUGAAAAUUUCUUUUUGGCUAUCUGCAACUGCAUGUAAGUGUUCUCUCUGUACAAGAACUUCAUUUGCUGAUACGUAUGUCAUUCUGCUGGGCGAUUCACGAUUGACAGACACUACAAGUCUACAAAUACAACAUGAACACAAUCUGUUUGGUAGGAGGUGUAUAGAUGACGAAAUUGAUAAUGAGUUCAUAUGUAAUAAUUUUGUAAAGGAUGUGUAUGUUUGUCUAUUUCCCAUGUACAUCUUUUCUUCAUAAAAUUCUAAGAUUGUUAUAUGAUACUGAAAUGGCGA